AACCACUUUCUCAAGGUGCUCUUCUCGUCUUCGCAUAGCACUCGCAUGGCACUACAGCACCGCUCCAAUCUUGGCACUGGCUCACAAAGCGGGUGCUAGUAGGUCGCCUUGGGGAUAAUGAAGGCGCAGCAUCGUCGACCUGGUUAUUUUCCCCGACCAUCACUUAUAGGGAUUCGUGCCUGGGAUUCCGAGUUCCGCUGACCGCUCCUAUGCCUGUGGACGGUAGAAUAUAUUGCCUUCAGCACGCGAUGGACGGAUAUUUUCUGGACCAGUCGGUAUUCUAAUUUAGUAGGAUUUCCUAUACAAAUAUCAUCAUCGUCGUCGUCGUCGUUCUCUAGGCCUCCAGCAUUCCAUCCGCAUUCAAUCUUUCUCUUACCAUUAGAAUUUCUCUGGCAAUGAAGUCCCUUCUUUCUCCUCCAGCUCUCCUCCUUUCCCUCGCUAUAGGAACCACCGGACUCGCGACCUCCCAGCAAAGCUCAGGAUGCGGCAAACCAGUACCAAGCGUCAUCGAACUCGGAAAGCCCAAGAACCUCACCAUCGCUAGCGACAGCGGCGUGACACCUCGCAAAUACCGCAUCCAUGUCCCGGAGUAUUACGACCCUAAUGUCCCCGUCCCACUCAUCCUUUCUUUCCAUGGACGCAGCAAGGACAUGAAGUUCCAGGACGAACUCUCGCAGUUCUCCAACGCAUCAUAUGGCUUUGAAGGCAUAGCCGUUUAUCCUGAAGGUGUUCCUAGCCCAAAAGGCACAAAACAAUGGCAAGGCGACCCCGAUGCCCCCACCACCAUCAACGACAUAACCUUCACCCUCGAACUCCUCGACCACCUGCUCUCCCGCUACUGCAUCGACCCCUCCCUGAUCUACGCAUCCGGCAAGUCCAACGGCGGCGGCUUCACCGGCCUCCUCGCCUGCGAUCCCCUCGCCACAACCCGCAUCGCCGCCUUCGCCGCCGUCUCCGGCGCCUUCUACCUCGACCCCAGCACGCAGCAACUACCCCCCUGCACGCCCUCCCCCAACCGCCCCAAAAUCCCCAUCCUCGAACUCCACGGCGCCAAAGACACCACGAUCCACUACCUCGGCGGGCCCAACGACCGCUCAAACGGCGAUACGUUAGACAUCCCGGCGUGGGUGGACGGCUGGGCGGCGCGCAACGGGCUCGAGGCUAGCGAGAAUGUGACGGGGACGCUUUGUGAGGGCAAGAAGGAGGUUACUACGCACACGUGGGGGGAUGGAGUUGUGGUGCAUUACUUGUAUGGGAAUAUGUAUCAUGAUUGGCCGAGUCGGUGGGGGGAUGGCGAUAGUAGGACGCUGACGACUUGUGUGGGGGCGGAUGCGACGAGGGUGCUUUUGGAGUGGUUUGGGGGGUGGAGGCUUUGA